CAAUAUUUUCUAGCUACACUCGCCGGGACCGUCUCUCCCCGGCUCUCUACACCGUCCGGCGGCGGCGGCGCCGCCACCCCAGAAGGACUCCAGAUGCCGCCCAACCACCCUCCGGCGCCGAAGCCCUUCAAGCCGUACUUCUUCUACGGCCACCGCAAGCCCUCCCAGAACCGCCCCGUCGUGUACGGCGGCCUCUUCUCCUCCCGCAAGACCAUCCCCGCUCGGCAGGGCCCCAGACCCACGAACCCGCCGGCUCCCUUCCGCCUCCACAGAUGGGACUCCGACCACCGCGGCCCCCUCCCGUCUCCGCCGCCGGCGCCCGAGCCUCCCUCCUCCCUCGCCGCCUCCCGCCGCCUCUCUCCGAUCGCCCGCUUCAUCGUCGACGCGUUCCGCCGGAACCGCGGCGACUGGGGCCCGCCCGUCGUCGCCGAGCUCGGCAAGCUCCGCCGCGUGACGCCCAGCCUCGUCGCGGAAGUGCUCAAGGCGGAGAAUAACCCCACGAUCGCCUCCAAGUUCUUUGCUUGGGCAGGUAGGCAGAAGGGUUAUAGGCACGACUAUGCGGCCUACAAUGCACUUGCUUAUUGCUUGAAUAGGAACCACAAGUUCCGAGCUGCUGACCAGGUGCCCGAGUUGAUGGACUCGCAGGGGAAGCCGCCUAGUGAGAAGCAAUUCGAGAUUUUGAAGAUGCAUGCGGAUGCCAAUAGGGGGUUGAGGCUUUACUAUGUGUAUGAGAAGAUGAAGAAGUUCGGGAAGCCGCGUGUGUUUUUGUAUAACAAGAUUAUUGAUGGGUUGGUGAGGACUGAUCAUUUGGAUCUGGCAUUGUCUGUUUAUGAUGAUUUUAGGGGUGACGGGCUGGUUGAGGAUAGCGUCACUUACAUGAUCCUGAUAAAAGGAUUGUGUAAGGCAGGGAAAAUUGAUGAAAUGAUGGAGCUUUUGGCUAAAAUGAGAGCAAACUUGUGCAAGCCGGAUGUUUUUGCAUAUACAGCAAUGGUUAAGAUAUUGGUUUCGGCAGGGUAUUUAGACGGAUGUUUAGGGGUGUGGGAGGAGAUGAAGAGAGAUGGUGUCGAGGCUGAUGUUAUGGCAUAUGGAACCUUGGUUACGGGGUUGUGUAAAGGAAAGAGAACGGACAAGGCCUUUGAGCUGUUCAAGGAGAUGAAAACAAAAGGUUUGUUAAUUGAUCGGGCGACUUAUGGCACAUUAGUUGAGUCAUUUGUUGCAGGUGGCAAAGUUGAAUCUGCUUGUGGCUUGUUGAAGGAUUUAAUUGACUCAGGAUAUCGGCCUGACUUGCGGAUCUAUAACUCUCUCAUCGAAGGCUUGUGUAGUGUCAAGCAUCUUGAUAAGGCUCACAAGCUUUUCUUUGUAACGUUGCAGGAGGAUCUCCAGCCAGAUUUUGGGACAGUUAAUCCCAUUCUGGUCUCUUACGCUGAGAUGAGAAGAAUGGAGGAUUUCAGCAAGCUGCUGAUGCAGAUGGAGAAGUUUGGAUUUGCUGUGAUAAACGAUCUCUCCAGUUUCUUCUCAUCUUUCGUUUGUGUGGAAGAGAGGAUACCGAUAGCUUUAGAUGUUUUCAGGGACUUGAAGGUAAAAGGCUACUGCAGUGUGUCGAUCUACAAUAUCUUGAUGAGGGCUUUGAAAAAGUCUGGGGAUGUGAAAUUGGUAAUGUCUCUAUUUGAUGAAAUGAAGAACACCCAAAUCGAGCCCGAUUCCUUGACUUACAGUAUCGCUAUCGAAUGUCUUGUUGCGCUUGGGGAAAUAAAAGAGGCAUGCACAUUUUAUAAUAAGAUAAUGGAGAUGUCAUGUCUCCCUUCUAUAGAUGCAUAUUGUUCUCUUGCUAAAGGACUCAGCAAAAUUGGGGAGAUUGAUGCGACUAUGAUGCUCAUCCGUGAUUGCCUGGCCAGUGUUAUGAGUGGACCCAUGGAGUUCAAAUACUCUUUGACGAUUCUCCAUGCAACUAAGUCAGGGCAGGCUGAGAAAGUGGUUGAAGUCCUGGAAGAGAUGGUGCAAGAGGGCUUCCCUCCAAGUGAUGUUGCAUACUCUGUCGUCAUCUCUGGAUUUUGUAAGCAUGGGACAAUAGAAGAAGCUAGAAAAGUCUUUUCAAGUAUGCAAGAGCGCAAGCUUUUGAGGGAAUCAGAUGCAAUUGUUUACGAUGACAUGCUGGUUGAACACAUGCAGAAGAAGACAGCAGACCUAGUUUUAUCGGGACUGAAGUUCUUUGGUCUGGAAAGAAAAUUGAAAGCAAAGGGAUGUAACUUGUUGCCUCCGUGAUGAUGCGUGUGUUCUAUGUUCAUUCUACCACUGCUAUAUUUAAAGGCUUCUUCGCAACGCAAAAUGGGAAGGGCUUCCUAGCUUUGCGAUCACUAGGAUGGCCUCAAUGAAAUGCAAGGCAGUUUCUGGAUCCUUGAGGUUGCACAUUGGUCUACUGCCUUAUGCCAGUACCCUUUAUCAAGGGUUGACUUGUGGUUGAUCUCUGUUGCCAUUGCACCAUUACUUCAGCUUCUUGGAACUGUAAGGUGUAGAAUGUAUCUUUCCUUUUGGUGAUUCACGCGUCUUGCCCCAUGGUAAGUUAACGUCUUGUGUAGGGCCUUGCAGGAAGAUUACCCUUUAAGCAUUUGUUGUAAUGGUGGGAGGCUAUUCUGUAGUGCAUGAACAACCUAUAGUUAAAUCAGUCCUACUGGAGAUCAAUAUAGAUGAAUAGUUUUGUGAUCUCCACAAGCACAGGCUGAUUCAUCGAUCUCUAUGGCAAAGAGUGUCUCAACUGUAUGAAUGUAGGAGAUAUUUGCAAAACAUGGAAGCUAAUAGUACCUGUGAAAAAAUCUAGCUGUUAUUCAGUCGUAGCUGGAUAGAAUUCGAAGGCUUGCAUUUCCAAUUUCUAUUGAGAGAACCACCAGGAAAUUAGGUCAAAUCAAUGGUGUUGCGUGUCUCGAGAUUGAAGAUGUGUGUUGCUUUCAGUUAGUUUAAGAAGAUUCAGAAAGUGCCUGCUUUGAAGAAUUAUGCUGGAUGCCACCCCUUUUUGGCUGCAAAUAUUGCCAUCAGGUUCAAUUACUGUGAAAUAUCAAGUUGAGGGAGUGAUGUCUUCAUGUAUAUAUUGAAGGUGCUUUUCUCUUAUGGAAAAAUUGCACAGCUAGUUGCGGGGAAGAAGAGCAGACAAUUUUUUUCUUAAUGGUGUGUCCUUUUGUAUUAUCAAAAACUGUAAGUGAAAGAAAUUGAGCUCAAAAUGAAAAUCUCUUUGUAAGCGCCUUUUUGUUUCUUCCUUUUAAAAUGCCUUUUCACCUCAAAUUGGUUGAGCUCAGGAGUCAUGGUAUUAUUCAGUAUGUAAAGAGAGAUUGUUCGUAUAUUAGGUUGAGGACAAAAGGAAUGGAUAAUAUCGAAGAUGAGAAGUCAGGGCCUGCCCUAGAGCCUAUAAAAGUUUUUUGAUAUACCAAAGCAUGGAACAAGAGGAGUUCGACCUGUUCGAAUUCAAAAGCUGGAACAGUGACUGAAUGCGAUCGAAUUCAAGCACGAUGGAGCAGCCGUAGAAGAUUGUGGAAGUAGCGGACAUCAUGGAGUUGCGAGAGCAGCUGAAUGAUGGAGCUUCACAUGGAGAAAUGUAAUAACUGCCUACGGGUAUUCAAGGUCAAUAAAGAGAUGGAAUGCGGAAGGAGCACUGACGCUGGGGCUAUGCCAAACUCCAUGAACUUUUUGUCUCGAGUUUUCUCCUUUGUGUUUGUAGCAAUGUUCUUUCGGUUUUGCUUUUAGUACUUUUAGUUUUCAAAUCAAUCUUGUCAAUCUGUGACGAGCGUGGAAUAUGAUUGUCGACAGCUAUCUGAGAUGCCCUCUAAACUAUUCUGCUUGGCUAUCAUCAUCAAAGAGUUUAGUUAUAUGUGUUUUGAACUGGGCUUGUGUUAGUUCAAUCGAUAUUGUCUUUGUAUGAA